AUGCACCCAGAGUCGAUCCCAGACGACAUUUUCAUUGCAUUUGGCACAUUAUUAACUAUUGAUGACAUAUUCUCAAUAAGAAAGUGUGGUUCAAGACAUCUCUAUUGGGUGUCGCUUUCAAAACCAUUCUGGAUUGCAUGGAUAUAUGAGAACAUCAUCAAGGCAGGUUUCUGGAUGCCACAACACCUCAGCGGACUCCGUGCCUCACCAAGAAUUGUUCUGGAGCGCCUGGCUGUCCGGACCUUCCGUGGCUUGCGCAAUCUGUGGCCCUCACGCCCACGGUGUAUUAAGAAUAUUCAAUGCAAUGCCAAUUCCAUAACAUGGGUCUCUCUCUACGGAGGCCGUUGGCUUUUCCUCGCGUCUUCGGAGGGAACGUUAGAGCUCUGGGAUACCCACCAUGACCUGCGUCGUCAGCCACUUGAUCUUGAUUCUGCCGGUGGAUGGGUGUGCUCGGGGCUCGCUCAUUCUUCCCAAACCGACAUCGACAAGCCUCUACUUAUCCUCUCGUACAGGUCCCAGCUGCUAGAAUGUGCAUUAGGCAAUCACUCCACACUCACUCACUUGAUGGCAUACGAAGCUGUCUCUGAACCACUUGCUGCACACAAUGACUUCAUUUUGUUUGCUACCUCGCUUCUACCAGAGGCACUAACGCUUGCGAGAAUGGAUGGUGCAACCUACACUCUCAGUUCCAAAGAUGAUGAUGCAGUCCCCUGCCGUGUGCAGACCGCAGUUUUUACAGAAUCCAGUAUUGUUGUCUUCAAAUAUUUUUCCAUCCACAUAUACGGACUCGACACGUUCAGCCAGUCUUCUGUCUGCAUGUCGCCUCAAUUCAUCAAUCCCAAGCAAAUCAUACGGCUCAAAUUUGCCCUCUUCCAGGUCCAACCGUGGAUCAGAAUGGAAUCAAGCACUCCCACUAUUCAUCUGAUUGCACGCGACAUGUAUCAAAAUUUCUUGCUCUGCCAGCUGAGUGCCCAUGAUGACACCGGGUUGGUGACCCUGACCAGUUCUCAAGCGAGAGUGCCUAUCCAGUCACAUGCGCGGCGGCCAUGGAUUCGUAAUCUUGGAGUGACUUCAAGCAAUACAGGCUGUAUUUUCUUCUCUGGUAAUGAAUCCACUCACAAUCCAAGAAUUGUCGCAUGCUCGAUAGAAGAGGGCCAACUAGGUGAACCCCGGACAUUGUGGGAGCUCCCUGGACCUGACUGCUGGGAUUAUGGCUUAUCCUUGUCAUUUGAUGAUGUUCUUGGUAUAAUGACCGUGAGUACAGCCCAAGGGAACAUAUGGCUUGUUGAUUUUGGACUAGCGGGGGAGAACUCGCUGGUUGUCAAUGGAGAGGCGAAUAUUCCUUGGGAAUUACGGAAGAAUCUUACUGCAGCUUUACGUUCUUAUUUGGAGCUUCCUACUGAUGACUUGCCGUUUCCAUCGAGUCAUGAUGAUAAUAAACAGCUACAACCCAUCCUGCCACCAGUCCCUUUUGGUUGGCACCCAUCCCCAGAGAUCCUCCGUCCUCAGUCACCGCCACAUCGAUGGGAAGGAGCAGAGCUCCCUCCACCCUCUCCUGUGUCGCAAGAGCUUGUUCCAAAUGGCUGGUCAACAGAUUGGUCUGGAGAUCCUGAAGAAUUUGUUGACUGGGUUCCUUGGACGUACCCAUCUCAACAUUCUGAAAUAUUCCAUGUUCACAAGAUUCUCCAAGGUGAUUUUGAAGUAUUGUUAAUACACCGCUUUGGAGAGAUCAUUUUUCGUGUUGGGUCUAUGUUCUACUCGAGGGAUCCGGUUUCCUUGUGCUUCUAUUGGUUUCCUGGUGACUGGACGCUUUCAAGCUUCCUCCACGUGCUCAACACCGGACGAUUUCCUCAUUCUAUUGUUUGGACUAACUUCGAUGCCGAUGAGUAUGGAUUCCAACAGCAUUUUUGUAUGCGGUAUUGUGUAGGGAGGAGAGCUGGAGCCAUUGAUACAUUUGGAUAUGGUUACCAUUAA